UGCUGGUCUGUCAGCACCUGACCGGAGCAAGCAGAUUGCUCGGGAGCUGCUUUGUACUGAAGGAGCCAUUCACAAACAUGGAUGUUUAGGGGAAGGAAGAUUAACAAGCAAGUUGUCAGCUGAGCCAACAGCUUCCUAGUAAACACAGCAGUGCAAACAAAUUCCUUAGCUGGGAAACCUCAAGGAAGACGUCUCCGGAGAAAGCCACUGAACACCCCUCUCAUUCCCAAGGGCUCCAAGUUACCCUUAUGACACUUUUGGCACUCAAGCUUCUUUUUUUCCUUUCAGUCGACAACGCUUCCGCUGCCUCAUCUACAGUUUCUGACUUUGCAGCUCUCAGCAGAAGCGAAGCACUCUGAAGGCAGAUUUAAUUAUUACCUCUCUAAAAUGAAGCUGUAAAUCAGAUUUUUUUUUUCCUUUUCCUCUCUAGAGAAAUCAAUAUGCAGGACAGACCUGCCCCAGAUUUCACAAACGUUAAUCUUCAAAUCUGUUUAUUUUUUAUCAGAUGAAUUGCUCUAUUGAACACAUUUGAGCACUUUAAAUAAAUUUGGUGACAAAAACCUUAAAAAAAAAGACGAUUCCCUAGAGAAGAGACGCGUAUUGUAAUAGACCGUUUUUAUUGUCAGGAUUGAUUGACAAGUUUCUGUCGACAUCACCGAGAGUGGAAGGAAAAACACUUCUGUUGUCGACACAAACAGUUGAGCUGAAAGAGGUUUGUUUCAGUAUUUUCACUUGUUCAGUUCUUACUGUCGCCGAAAUAUUCCAUGCCUAUUAUUCUCUAACUCAAUUCUGCUCUCGGCUCGACUCCUGAACUCAAAGACAUUUUGAUUAUGUUGGAACCACGACAUGUUACAGCACACCCAGCCAUGAGUAGCAGCUCGCAUUGUAGUCUCUAAUAAUGCCGUAAUGAGCAGUAUGGCUGGACUCAAGCACUGAACAGAGCAAGGAAAUCCUCAUGUCCACAUAAAACCGAUUUAAACGUGAACUCUUCCACACAGACAAAAACCAGGCGUACCCAGGAGAGACUUUAUUUUAUUUUACCCAUGCCUGCAUGUGGUGCAAGGAUGCUCCAUAACAGUGUCUGCUGUUCUUGAGAAAGAGACUAAGGAGGAGGAGAAAGGGUAGGAAAUGACAGAGUGCCUGACAGAAUGCAAAGCGCUGGUGACUCCGUCCACGCGCAACGGCCACCGCGUCUUCAGCUACACGCUAGAGAGCCACACAGCAGCUGCCUUCGCCAUCAUGAACGAGCUGCGUCUGGAGCGCCAGCUGUGCGACGUCACACUCCGCGUGCGCUACAAAGACCUGGAGGCGGUAGACUUCGUGGCUCACAAGGUGGUGCUGGCCUCCUCAUCCCCGGUCUUCAGGGCCAUGUUCACCAAUGGGCUGAAGGAGUGCGGUAUGGAGUUAGUGCCUAUCGAGGGGAUUCACCCCAGGGUUAUGGACAGGCUGAUAGAGUUUGCCUACACAGCCAGCAUCUCUGUGGGCGAGAAGUGUGUGAUCCACGUGAUGAAUGGCGCUGUCAUGUACCAGAUAGACAGCGUGGUGAAGGCCUGUUGCGACUUCUUGGUCCAGCAGCUCGACCCGAGCAACGCCAUUGGCAUCGCCAGCUUUGCUGAGCAGAUUGGUUGCACAGAGCUCCACCAGAAGGCCCGAGAGUACAUCUACAUGAAUUUCAGCCAGGUGGCGACCCAGGAGGAGUUCUUCAACUUGUCUCACUGUCAGCUGGUCACCCUCAUCAGCCGGGAUGAGCUUAAUGUACGCUGCGAGUCCGAAGUCUUCCAGGCAUGUGUGGCCUGGGUGCGCUACGACCGGGAGAACCGGCGACCGUACGUCCAGGCCUUACUCCAGGCUGUCCGCUGCCAUUCCCUCACCCCCAACUUCCUGCAGGCCCAGCUCCAGUCUCUGGACUGGGAUCCCCAGUGUAAAGACUACCUGGCCCAGAUCUUCCAGGACCUCACCCUCCAUAAACCCACCAAAGUCAUUUCUUGCCGAACUCCCAAGGUGCCGCAGCUCAUCUACACAGCAGGGGGUUAUUUCCGUCAGUCUCUGAGCUACCUGGAGGCCUAUAAUCCCUGUACAGGAGGCUGGCUAAGGCUUGCUGACCUGCAGGUACCCCGCAGUGGCCUGGCAGCCUGUGUGAUCAGUGGGCUUUUCUACGCUGUUGGUGGAAGAAACAACGCGCCUGAUGGCAACAUGGACUCGAAUGCAUUGGACUGCUACAAUCCUAUGAACAACUGCUGGGUGCCGUGUGCGCCAAUGAGCGUGCCUAGGAACCGAAUCGGAGUUGGUGUCAUUGAUGGCAUGAUAUAUGCAGUUGGUGGAUCACAUGGGUGCAUUCAUCAUAAUAGUGUUGAAAGGUAUGACCCAGAAAGGGACCAGUGGCAGCUGGUAGCCCCCAUGUUGACACGGCGUAUCGGUGUGGGUGUGGCCGUCAUCAACCGCCUGCUUUACGCUGUGGGGGGGUUUGACGGGGCAAACCGGCUCAGCUCCUGUGAAUGCUACAACCCGGAGAGGGACGAGUGGAAAACCAUGGCCCCCAUGAACACUGUCCGCUCUGGAGCUGGUGUGUGUGCACUGGGGAAUCACAUCUUCGUGAUGGGCGGCUACGAUGGCACCAACCAGCUGAACACAGUGGAGCGCUAUGAUGUGGAAACUGAUACAUGGAGCUUUGCUGCCUCCAUGAGGCACCGGCGCAGUGCUCUGGGAGUCACUGCGUUACAUGGACGCAUCUAUGUAUUGGGAGGUUACGAUGGCAACACUUUCCUGGACAGCGUGGAGUGUUACGACCCAGAGACGGACACCUGGUCGGAGGUGACACACAUGACGUCAGGGCGGAGCGGCGUGGGCGUGGCCGUUACCAUGGAGCCCUGCCAGAAAGAACUGCCUACCUGUCAAAAGUCUGAGAGGGAGAGUGGUGCAGCAUCCCCGGCCUAUCAGUCAGCCAACUCCGGUUUUUGCUCUCACCACAAUCAGAGGCACAGCGGGCCUUUCAGCAAAGGCCCCUGAAGCUCCUCACUAGACCCUGACACACAUGCACAUAUACAAAUGAGCACCCCAGAACUCAACUCUGUCUUCCCAAAUCAAAAUAAGGACCCUCACAACCGAUUAGAGACAGAAGUGAGCUGAAAACCCACAUGCUGCCUCACUGGUUCUAGAUAUUACACUUGAUGUGAAUUAAAAAGAAAAAAAAACAACACAAAAUGAGUAACACUUUAUUUUAAAAGUGCAGUUUCCAAGAGCAGAAAUUUGAUUAAUUUGUUUGUGAUGAAUUGUGUUUCGCCAAAUCCGACAUGGACCUCAGUCCAUCCGUGUUCACAUCUGGCAUUUGAAGUCUUCAGUCGGACCAUCAUCUCCCAGGGUUGAGCCAUGGGAGGAAAGGGCUGCAUUCAAAAAAGGGCCAUUUAUGGGCUCAUAGUCAUCAGGGGAAAAGUUGGAAAAGUUCAAUCUGAGGGGAGGGAAAAAAAAUCAAAUGAUCCCAUUAUGUAAAAAACAAUACAAAAAAGUAGCAUUUGUCACUCAGUAUGGGCAGUAGAGUUCAAAGUGCCAUUACAAUGCCUGUGGGCAUUACUGUCAUCAGUAUAUUGUCUCUAGGUGCUUGUGUUGGAAAGGCACAGACAGAGUCACUGUGUGUUGUAUAGAAAUUGUAGAAGUUAACCCAGACAGCCACAAGAUGAAGCUUAUACAAGACAAUUGGCCUCAUGCAAGAACAUUUUAAUAUUUUUGUCCUAAACCUCUCCUACUUUUUCUCUGUGAGGCUUAUUCAUAUAUGUUCCAAGUCAGAUACAGCAAGCUCUCUUCACUGCACAAACUUGUUGUAAACUUCUCAUUUCAACCUGACUUAUGCCACCUCUUAAUGAGGAGGUGUACAAUUGUAAGGUUUGAUCAUUACAUAAUCAGUGCACCAAAGUCAGUAUAUAAGACUACUUAUUCUGCUUAAUCCAAUUUGUUUACUGCAAAAUGUGGCAGUAAAAUCUUAAAUCACCCUUAAAGUACUAAUAAGUUACUUGUAUAUGCUACUUAAAAACGAAUCUAGUGGUUCUUGCAUGAGGCCCAAAGUCUCAAAUUCAAGUGUUGGCACAGGAAAAGCAGGACCUUUACAGUAACUGCAUAGUAACUAAUGUGUCCUUUCACUAACAGCCACUGGUAGGUUUAAAAAAUGUGAAAUUUUUUGGAAAUGGGUGUUGAGACGUGUCUGGUGUAUGGGUCUGUUGGUAUAUGGAGUGCCAAGAGGAUGGAGAAAUGUGUUUUGACUGUGUUUAGAGGAAACAGAAUACUGUAGCAUUUAAAAACUUAGAUUCAAACAUCUCACUGAAUGUGUUUUAUAAAAACACUAAUCACUGACACAAUUGAGAACCUCUACCUGCAGUUGACUCUUUGGUUUUCACAUCCACCAGACCUCAGAAACAGAAGUGACCAUGUUUGUGCAUUAGUGUUCAAAUAUUGUAUGCUAAUGACAAAAAUUUGCUUAAAGAAGUGUAUUUGUAACAGCAAUUUAAGCUACAAAGGUUUUUAAGUGAUGUUUUGUACAUUGAUAUUCUAAGAAGUCUUGUACAGAAUUUCAGAGCUCACUUUUUUAUUUAUUUGUUCAGAUCCUUUUGGUUUUCUUGUUCCUCUAAACUGACAUCAGCUUUGUAUUGAAUUGGACCCUGGUGUUGUGUUUUUGAAUAACUCGCAUGCAUUGUAACUGAGUAGGAAUGCCUGUUAAUGCUAAUUUUGGAUGUUUGUAAAAAAAAAAAAAAAAAAAAAGAAAAAAAAGCUUCACUUCGAAAGGGACUUUUUUUCCUGUCCGUCAGUAGUUGGAAUGGAAAUUAGAAUAUUUAAGGUCUGCUUUGUACAUUUUUUUUUUUUUCAAGCAAAAAAAAAAAAACCGCCCUGUACAAUAAUACAUUGUAAAGUAAAAUAUAUGUUUAUUGUACUACUGUAGUCAUGUAAUGAUUUGUUAGUUUUGAUCUGUAGACUUGUUAUUUACAUAUAGCCCCUAACCACAUGAAUAUUUGUUUUAAUGUGAAGGAUUGAUCUGUUGUGGUCCUGGCAUUUGGAUCAUGAAAUGAAGUUGUUGCAAGUUUACAAAAAAGCAGUGGCCACUGGAGGGAGCUGAAGUUCUUUUAUACUGAACAAACUGUACCUGUUCACUGUAUUGGAUAUUUUCAUCAUAUGUAACAUAAACAAGUCACCUGCACCAAUUUAAGUUUCACCAUAGACACCGAUCAGCUGAGUCACAUUUUUCUUUGGUUUUUACUUUACUUGUACUUGUGCCAUUAAUCGACCACCCAAGAUGGCUGCUGACACAUCUCAUUUCCUUACUGAACCUGGCAGGUGGAUGAGAUAGGCCAUUAUUAUAUUAUCCAAGAGGAAAACUUCCCUGCUUAUGUGGGCUUACAAAAGUAUCAAGACCUAAUCCUGCCAAACUGAGACGCUACUGCAGCCCUCAACAAAGCAAAACUGCUUGAGCUGCAGUAACAUCUUAUUUGAUAAAAAAAAAGAUUGUCAUCCUUUUAAUGCAUUUUAGAUAGAUGCUUUAUAUUGCAUUACACAAGUCAACUACUGUUAGAAGUCUACAUCCAUAAAUUUACCAGGCAACACCCAUAUGAUUCAACAAUAGAAGUGAUACAUUAUGAUACAUUAAAAAAUACUUACUA